AUGUAUCUUUCUCUAGAGAAAUCUGAAAAAAUGUCAGAAAAUCUCAUAUCCGGCAAGACCUCCUUGAAAGGAGGUCCAAAAACCUCAGCAAAGAAACAGAAAGGUAAAAAAGAUGAAGUUGAUCUUUCUAUGGCUGGUAUAGGCCACCCAGAAAUCUUUCCUUUAGUUUUCACUACAAAGACCCAAGAAAUUUUUAAUUGCCGAGUUGAUGAAGAUGUCACAGAAGAAAAUUGUUUCAAACUUAUUAAAAAAGAGGACAUCAUUCAGGACCUGAAAACAAGACCUGCAAUUUCUGAUUUCCACCCUGUCAAAAAAGUUGUCCUAGAAUAUCCAGGGGAGGAACUUUUGGUAGUUUUUGAUGCAAAGUUCCAGUAUGGACAGAACUUUUACCUUGUUGCUUCUGAGGAAGCCAAGGAAAACUUUCUGAAGCCUCCAGAAACUGCAGAAGAAAAAGAAGAAGAAAAAGAAGAAAAUAGAGAGGGAACUCUGGAAGUCCAUCCUUACAAGCCUCCAGUCCACAAACCUUGGGUUUCUCUUGGCAGCGAAAAGGAAGUUGAAGAAGAAUCUGUUAAAGACACUGCUACAAAGAUUAAGUAUAUGAUUUCUCGAGUACGCAGAAAGUUUGGUGCACCAAUUCUAUUUACUGAUAAGAAUGCUUCACAUGUAAAAGACAGUUACGUUGAAUGCACGUCUUAUCAAGACAAAACUUUCAGUAUUAAAAUGCUUGAAAAAGAUGUGGGUGUACAAACGGUUCCAAAAGUAAGAGAAGCUAGUAUUCAGACAAAAUGGACCUAUCCAAAAAAUGCAGCCACGCAGUAUUUUCCUAGACAGUUAUCAAAUGAAGAGAAAGAAGAGAGUCUGUCAUCUGAGAAGCUGAAAGAAUUUCUUACAUCAGUACAUUUAAGAAUGGAAAUUGCAUUGCAGCAAAAUGAAAUUAUGAAUGCUUUUUUUGAUGACUGGAAGGCCCUAGCAGAAGAUGAAAGCAGUUCUGGUGGCAAGCCAGAUGUUUAUCUUAAAGCCUACCAAUCAUUUACAGAUCUGCGCUAUCUCAAGGACAGAACUAUUAGCUGCGUUUGCUGGCAUCCAACCAUUUAUGGGAUUAUAGCAGUGUCAGCAAGACAGCAGCUUUCUUACGAACGGCAAGUUAACCUUUCUGAUAAAUCAUUGCUGCAGCAGUCAGUAGUACUUUUUUGGAAUAUUUUUGACCCUAUCCACCCUCAGUUAAUGUUGGAGUGUCCUGAAGACAUUUACUGCUUUCGGUUCAGUCCAAGUAAUCCAAAUAUCAUUGCUGGUGGCUGCAUCAAUGGACAGGUUGUACUGUGGGAUAUUUCUCAACAUAAAGAAAAGCUGCGAAAUGCAAAAACUGUUGCUGAUGGAAUCAAGAUAACAGCUCCAUCACUUAUGCAAGUCCAACAGAGUAGCAGAGAGCCACUUCUAGUGAGAUACUGUGCAGUCUCUUCCAUACAGUAUAGUCAUAAAAAACCAGUAACAGAUAUACAUUGGCUGCCAGAUUGUUUUGAGGACAACCAAAUGGGUGCUGCUUUUGAAAACAGAGCUGAAAUUUGCGUGCAGCUUGUAACCUGCUCCCCUGAUCGCUCAAUAUUAUUUUGGGAUAUUCCAGCCAAACUUCCUGAACAACCUUCAUCUGAGAAAGUAAAAGAGGAGGAAAUUUUUUGUAUUCCCCCUGAUGUUCCAGAUACUUUUAAGCAUCUAGAUCUCUGCUGGAAACCUCUCAUAAAGAUAAACCUGUGCGAAAGUGAUACAAACCCAGAGUACGGUCCCAUCAGAAUUAGUUUAAGGGAACUGCAUUAUCAUUACAAAACCUCAGAGAAGGUGCAAUCUCUGAACACACUAGAAGUACCCACCAAAGAGAGCCCAUAUACAGAGAUGAGUACUUCUUCAAGCAAAAAUCUGAAAGUGCUAGAGAAUAUCUCCACUGACUUUUUUGUUGGAACUGAAGAUGGAACAAUUGUUUAUUCUGACUGGAAAAUGGAAAUUGAUAGUGACUCAGCAAAACCAGUUAGUCAGAAGCACACUCAGAAAUACACCAUCCACACUGAAACUAUCAACACUCUCCAGAGAUCUCCGUUUUUUAAAGACAUCAUUCUAAGCAUUGGAGGCCGGAAUUUUGCCAUUUGGAAAGAAGGGGUUACAAAUGGACCGAUCCUUCAGUUAAGCUGCUCUGCAGGAAGAUACACUGCAGGACAAUGGUCCUUAACAAGACCAGGAGUUUUCUUCAUUGGCAGAGACGAUGGAAAUAUAGAUAUUUGGGACUUACUGAAGAAAACUCAUGAGCCAUCUCAUUUCCAGAACAUCUCCGAAUCAAUGAUUACUUUCAUCAGCCCCCGGACUGCCUCAACAAAGCAGCAUUUUUUAGCUGUUUCUGAUGAUCUUGGAGUACUGCAUGUUUUGGAAAUCUGUCAGAUGCUAAGUCACCCUUGGAGGAAUGAGAGUAUGACUACUCUACAGAAAACAAGAGAUGGAGGAGCAAGAAAAUGCAGACUAUACUGUGUUUCUGGACCUGGAGAAGCAGAUACUAAGGGAUAUACGACUAGUAGGAACAAGAAAUACUUUCCUCAUCAGAUGCUUAGAGCCCCUUAUCACCUUUAG